AUGAACAACACUAUGGCUGAACAGAGGCCGAAGAAACAUUUUUGGACUCGGUUGCUUCGGCUUCCCCGCUCUAAAACUCAAGCAAAGCUAUCAAAUCCACCAGAUGAAAACGUACCCAAUUUCGACAACGACAUUGCUCAGUCCAGUACCAUGGAUUUCAGUUCACUCUCGGAAGUCCGCAGAGAUUCCGGUAUAUUGUUUCUCAAUAAAACAACCAUUGGUGGCAAUGAUAUGGCAUUCAAAGAAGAAAAUAAGCAUGUUCAAUUUGCUCCAACGCCACUGAACAAAUACUACAAAGUGGACGUCAAGGCUGCUCCAUCAAAACGAAUCGAUACCGAUGAAGACAAAGAGAAUGUUAAAGUAAAUAUCGUAUCAAAACCGAAACGUCCCAUUCUGAGGCUUGACAGAAGUCGGUCUAAUCAAUCAAGGGAGAGCGUGCACAAUCCGGUGGAAACAACUUUGGUUAAAGCUAUUUUUGUUGAUGGACCUCAAGUGAAGACACCAACUAUUCAGAGGACGUCUACGAAACUAGCAUUAAUUGAAAGGAAAAAUGCUUCGCUUCCGCAACUAAACGUAUCUAGUAUCACAAAAUAUGGCUCUCUCCCGAGGAAUUCGAAGAUUCACACGGAGAAUAUGUCACAACAAAGUUAUCCUGUCUCUAACAGUCAAGAAACAUUGUCUGUUAUGAGUCAGCCUUUUACUAAGAGCACCAAAGUGGCUGAAUGGCAGAGAAGAUCUUUGAGACACGUUCAAAGGCAAAGUUGCUACGAUAUUUUUCAGAACCCGAAAACUUUUCAAGGGAAUGAACCGCUUGUGAAUACAAAUAGACAAAGCCUGGGAGAGCAUCAAAUGAAGCUUUUUCAAAAAUCCACAAGCAGUAACCCCGAUUUUCCUCUAAUGUCAUCGCAAUCGAUGUUUUCUGGACAACCUAUGGUUCAUUCUCAAACUAGUAUUUCCAAUCCUGUGAAUAGGAAGCUGUUAUAUCAAAAACCAGUGCCCAGUUAUUCUGAAAAUUCAUCAGCGUUACAACCAGUGAAUCAUCCUAUGAGGUUCACACAAAGAAAAAGAGAAUGUGCAUUUCCCAUUCCAAAUAAAGCACUCAACGAAGUUGGACUACCAAAUGCCAUGGGCGGAAGCGAAAGUCUCAAACCUCAUCCAAAUUGCUCAAAAAGCAAAAAUCCACAUUACAUUUAUUUGAGUGAGACAGUUUCUAAAAGUAAUCAUGCCGAAAAUGGGAUAAAAAAUUAUUCAAAUGGUCAUAAAGAAUAUUUCGACUCUUCAAAUAAUAAAAAAAAAAUUUAUUCAUCCAAGGAAGUCAUCCCAUACCAAUCAUCCAUGAGCACUACUGCAGAUAGGGAGACAUUAAUGUUCAAAAAUUCAGCGGAACAAAAGUUUUCUACUAGGAUUUUUAUAAAUAAGACAAGAAAGCAAGCUGUAAAGUUAUCUAUGUACAGUCAAAAGAGACAAUUGUCCAAUAAACUGUGCAAAUAUAAAUGCAAAGAAAGUGAUGAAGGUUUUUCAUCCAUGGCAGAUGACGAAUGCAGUUUCAACUGUAGCUGCUCUACAUGCAUGGCUAGAUACGCCAAAUAUAAUAAAAAAGACAGUAUGGUGAAAAGAUUUUUUUCUUCUAAUAAAGAGAACAGAUAUUUCUUUUCUAUUGAUAUCAACGAUAAACCAUCAUCCACGACGGAAAUGGAAACCAUUCAAGAGCACACGCAAGAAGUUCAGGCAGAAAUACAUCAUUGCCAAUCUCCACAAGAAGAAAAAUGGUACAAUUGCAACGAUGUUCUAUGCCAAACUCCUUUGAAACCAACUGUAACGAAAAGCCUAGAGGGGAAUGAUAAGGCCAAACAUGAUGUUGGUUCGCCAUCCAAAAAUGCUAUUGAAAGCAUUUAUGAAAAUAUUACAGAGAUAAUUAAUAGUGCUACAAAGAAGAACUACAAGACAGAAGAUGUCAAACGAAUGUUUUCAACUCCUAUAUGCAGUCCAGUUAAAGUAAGAGGGACCCCCAAAAAGCUUGCGUUUGAUGCAACCGAAGCUGCGAAAUUUUCUAUAGAAUCAGCGUCAGAUUUGGCUAAAUCAUCCCCUGCAUCUGUAAAAUCCAUAUCCUUCAAUGACUCUGUAGUACUUUUGCAAGAAAUAUUUCAGAAAUUAUCCCAAGAAUGCAAGGAACUGUUACAACCAGAUGUAUCGUCGACUUCAUCUGCAAGCAAAACACAAGAUUUUUUUGAUUCGCCCAUUAGUAAUAAAUGUGUUAAGGAUUUAGUUAAAAACUUACAAUCCAAGGAAUUAAGUGAAGCCGAUUUUGCAAAUAUAAUAGGAAGCAUGGCACAAAACAUAUUUCUCGAGACAAAAGCGAAACGUCGAAUCAGUCGACUUAUCCAUUCCAAAUCUUUUCCAGAUUUAAGGAAGAAGGCAAAUCCCACACCUCUUACUUCUGGUUCCUUAACAUGUAUUAAUUCCGCCGUCAAAAACGAUUGCGACAACAAGAAAGAUAACAACCCUGACAGCAAAAACUCUAAAACAACCGAUGGUCUAGGAGGAAACAAGGAAGACAACCAACAGCUACCUCCAGUAAAAGUAAGUGAUCCAUCUUCCACAACAUUGUCAACAAGUGGAGGAGAUUCUAGCGUUGGCAGAACUUUGCCUGACGGCUGGAGCGGAACACCAAGCUCUAGCAAAUCUGAAGAUUCCGAAUCAGACCUUCAACUGCUGGAAAAAGCCAUACGAUUAGGAAUGGGUUUAGGUCCUAAUGAUGAAAACAAGUCACUAUUUUAUGCAGCAAGUCCGAAGAAAGCUACCAAGUACAAAUCUCGGGAUGUACUUAGCGGAAAAGGCAAGUUGAAGUUGAAAAUUUAUUAUAACAGUGGCCUGGUAACCGUUCAUAUUAUGCGUGCUGCAAAAUUGAACUGGACUUUAGGCAAAGAGCUGAAUUCUUAUGUGAAAGUAUGUCUGGUACCAGAUGAAUCCAAACGUGUGCACUGGAGAACACCAGUUCAGAAGGCGCAGAAGCAUCCGCGAUAUGACACCAAGUUUUCAUUUGAAGCAUUGGAAGAUGAUUCUUCAAAACGGCUAUUGUUUUCCGUGUGGCAUCGAGAUUAUGGAAGACAGAGAAGCGAAUUGAUUGGUUGCAUGUCUUUUAGCUUAAAACAUGUAAUGGACCCAGAUCACGGAGUGGACGGCUGGUACCGGUUGCUCAAAGAAGGGUUCGGAGUACAAAAGCAUUUUGCAGCACGUACGAAGCAACUGCAAGCGAUCAAACCCUCUUGCUAAACUGCAGUGCCA